AUGAGCUGUGGUCAAUCAAUUUGGCAAAUCUAUGGCCGUUUCUUGAGCAGCCCAUUGGCUCAAUGUGAGGGCCUUGUCACUUCCCCAACCGGUUCAGUCACUCCUUGUGAGUCUUCCACAUCCAGUUCUGAGGCUGAGUCCACUGAGUCUUCUGUCGAGGAGUCUUCUGCUGCUGAGUCUUCUGCUGAGUCUUCUGCUGAGUCUUCUGCUGAGUCUUCUGCUGAGUCUUCUGCUGAGUCUUCUACUGAGUCCUCCACCACAUCUCUUGCUCCAGACUCCAACCUCUCUUCUGUCACCCCAGAUUCUACCUCAGCCGCUGAUGAAUCAACAAUCAGUAUCGAGUCCACCUCUUCUGCAGUUGAGAGCGAGGAGUCCUCUAUCAGCAUCGAGUCCACAUCAUCCGAGAUCUCCUCUGCUGAGUCUUCUGAUGUCUCCUCUACCGAGUCUGAUGUCUCCUCUGCCGAGUCUUCUGAUGUCUCCUCUGCUGAGUCUUCUGAGGUCGAGCCAACAAGCUUCGCAAACACAAAGACUGCUGCUGAAGAGGAGAGUACCAUCACAACUCAAGUCACCAAGACUAAGACCGCUGAAGCUGAGACCACCAAGGCUCCAGAGGAGGAGACCACUGUGGCCACCUCUACCUACACCUUCUCUACUCAAGAAGGUCAGGCUAACAACUUGAUUGCUGGUUCUACCCUUGUUGCUAUUGCCUUCGGUAUGCUCUUCUUCCAGUACCAGUGCACAAUGCAUAGAAGUCAUAUCGUGGAUAAUUUCUACACUUUUAUGCUCACCAAAUACGGAGCGCCUCAACUGUAA